CCCCCAUAUCGGCCAAUCCAAUCGAUCCCCAAUCCGGUCACACACGCCUCUCCAAUCUCGCCGGCGCCUGCCUCUUCUCCGGCCGCCGCUUUCCAUCAUAAACAGCCCACACCUGGUCGCCUCGCGUCUCCCGAGCCAACCUACUCUCCUCUUUCUACUACUGGUGCGGCAGCGGCGGUUGCAGCGUUGCGAUGGGGAAGCACGAGUUCCUCACGCCGAAGGCGAUCGCGAACCGGAUCAAGGCGAAGGGGCUGCAGAAGCUGCGGUGGUAUUGCCAGAUGUGCCAGAAGCAGUGCCGCGACGAGAACGGGUUCAAGUGCCACUGCAUGUCGGAGUCGCACCAGCGGCAGAUGCAGGUGUUUGGCAUGGCGCCCGACCGCGUCGUCGAGGGCUUCUCCGAGGAGUUCUUCGAGUCCUUCCUCUCCCUGAUCCGCCGCGCGCACCGCCACUCCCGCGUCGCCGCCACCGUCGUCUACAACGAGUACAUCGCCGACCGGCACCACGUGCACAUGAACUCCACGCGGUGGGCCACGCUCACCGAGUUCGUCAAGUUCCUGGGGCGUGAGGGAUACUGCAAGGUCGAGGACACGCCCAAGGGAUGGUUCAUGACCUACAUCGACCGUGACUCGGAGCAGGCCGUCAAGGACCGCCUCAAGCGCAAGAGGAUCAAGUCAGACAUGGCUGAGGACGAGCGCCAGGAGCGCAUGAUCGCCCGCCAGAUUGAGCGUGCGCAGAAGUCUUUAUCCAAACCCAAUGAUGGUGAUGUUGCCGAGGGUGAGUCUGAGUCCGGCAGUGAAGAAGAGUAUUCAGGCUCGGAUGAUGAUGGGGAGGAGCGGGAGGAUGACGCGAAAGAGGCAAACAAGGCAACAGGGAAGAUUGCAAUUGCACUGCAGAAGGCUAUGCCAGGGCCCAAGGUUAAUCCUUUUGAGGAUAAGCCGAAGAUGAAAUUCGGUUUUGACGAAGAGGAUGACUCGGGUACCCAAGAGAAGGUGAAGGAUGAGGUGCCCAAGAAGAAGGGAAAGGAUGUGAAGGCAGCAGAGGCUAGGAGGUCAGCAUUGGACGAGCUGAUGAAGGAAGAGGAGAAGGCCAAGGAGAGGAGCAAUAGAAAGGACUACUGGCUGUGCCCUGGGAUUGUGGUCAAGGUAAUGAGCAAGUCAUUGGCAGAGAAGGGGUACUACAAGCAGAAAGGGGUGGUGAAGAAAGUUAUUGAUAAAUAUGUUGGGGAGAUUGAGAUGUUGGAGAGCAAGCAUGUUCUCAGGGUCGACCAAGAUGAACUUGAGACUGUGAUCCCUCAGAUUGGUGGGCUGGUUUGGAUUGUAAAUGGGGCUUAUCGGGGGUCAAAUGCCAGGUUGCUCUCUGUGGACACAGAGAAAUUCUGUGCAAAAGUGCAGGUUGAGAAAGGCCUCUAUGAUGGGAAGGUUCUUAGGGCUGUCGAAUAUGAGGACAUUUGCAAGAUAUCCUCUUGAUUAUAUUAUACAACAUGAUUUAUUCCAUUUUCCUGGAUCAUCACUGUUGCAAAGAAUAGGAAUACGAUCCAGUGCACUAGCUCUGUCUCAUAGAUGCCUAACAGUGUCUUUGCUUGCUAUUGCUUGUGCUAGAAUAUCUUCUGUUAAAGCAAUGUUCAAUAUGAGCAAAUGUUUCUAGUUCACUGUAUCUGCUGAAAGGCUAUGUGUGAGAAUAUGGUGGCAUGUAUGUUUGCUUGUUACUAGACCAGAAUAACCGUAUUGACAAUUUUGUAAUAUUUGGUUAGCCUCUAUGUUUCUGUUUAGUUAAUAUUUUACUAAAUGUUUUCUUGGUAGUUUGAGUGUUACUUGCCAAUCAAAUGUCGUCAUGAUUUUCGAUUGUAUUAUGAAGGUAAAGGAUUCAUCUACAUGAAUACCACCAAAAGAUAAUUGUGAACUAGUAAAAUGCAACAAAGGUUGUUGUUUAUGAUCUACUUUUAUUAUCAUUGUGAAAGAACCAACUCAGUUUAGUCAACUAUAUAGAUGACACGAGAGGUACGCGGGUGAAUCAUCACCUGGUCAUUCAGAAGAUCAGAAAGGAGAGAAUGCUGGUAGAUCAAGUAGUUCUGGAAGCUCUAGCAGUGACUCAGGCUCGUCGUCUAGUGGUAAAUGUUCUCUUAUUUUGAAGAUAUUGUAACAAGAAAAUCUUUUGGAGUAUGUAUUUUUCUUCUUUAUAUGAACAUAUGUAUUUACCUUAAGGAGCAUGUGCAGAUAGGGAUACAGAUAGUUCAUCAACAGACAGCUCUGAUGCUGCACAAUCACCACGUAGCAUAUAUAGGGCAGGUAUAUUUUACGUUAAGCAGCAUUCAUUUGCAUUUAGUGCCCAAUAGCUUUGAUAAAUUCUUCAAAGUUAGCAAACUCUUUUUGAGCUGUAAAACACAUGAACUGCCAAGAGUGUAGAGAAAAUUCAUGUUUUUAUGGAACUAGUUUAAUUUAUUAAUUGUUCUUCUAGAAAGCUUUUGGAUGGAUAUUUCUCAUUGAGCUUACAGAGGAUGCUAAUUUUGCUGAUGGGUAAGCUCGCAUGAGCUGGUGGGCAAGCCUGAAUUCGUCUAUCUGGGUUAUGUUUUGUACUUUGCUAACCCAUAAGCCUUAAAUGUUUUAUGUUUUUUUUUAUCACCAUAAUAUUUUUUUUAGAAUGGACUUCAGGUCUUCAGGAGACCAAUAUGACAUGUUAUGCCUCUGUAGAGCUGAAUGUUCUAUUUAUAUAUACACUAGCGAGAAUGCAAAUUAUUGUCUUCGUGCUACAGUUCUUUGCAUAGAACAUGGGUAAGAAGUAAAUUUUGACCCUGGUUUGAUAAGGACCACACAAAACAGUAGUAUCCGUUAUUGGCUUGUAAGUAAAAUAAAACAGUGCUUAAUUGCUAUAGUCUAUGACAUGGAUCUACGGAAUAGAAGUAAUAUGAUUAGGUUUAUAUUUGGCAAGGCGCCUUUCACAUGAUUUAUGUGUUACAAGGUUUUUCCUAUUAUUAGAAGGUGCAUUUGUUGGUUACAGACUUACAGUGUCAUUUUUAAGACAAGGAGAGAUACUCCCUAGAUAAAUUGCUGAUAGUUGACAAAGGUUCACAUGAAUGGCAUAGCACAGUUAUUUAUGUUUUUCCCUGUAUAUAGUCCAAACAGUGGGCUGUUAGGUGCCAACUGCUUGUCUUCUUGCAUAUUUAGGUCACAUGCUAAUAUAUGAAAUGACACAUUGCACUUUACAUAUAUGCUGAUUUAAUGUUAUGUCGUUGAUUCGCAAUAUUUUUUAUCAGUAUGCCAAAUGAUGGGUUGUGAACCGGGUGAUAUAUGCUUAAUUGCUUAUACAAGAUCAUGCUGGCUAAUGGAAUGCUCACUUCAACAUUAUAGACAAAGUCUGACGUUUUACUGAAGGGCCCAUUCAACUAUUCAGCUCGUGAUGAAGCUGGUAUACCCCAAGAUUGGUAUGAUGAGAAGUUCAAACAAGAAGCUGCACAAAAACUUUCAGAGAUUUUGUCUGGCUGGAGUAAUCGCAACUCAUGAGUGGAAAUUUUUCUGCCAUCAAGUUGGAAACCAGAUAUUGUAGGCCGGAAGCCCUGAAUCGGGUAGGAUACUGGAUUACUUGGAAAGCAUUAUUAACAGACAAUAGUGGAUUUGUCGGACAGAGAUGAAUUCUUCAUUCUGUUGCAGGCUUAGUAGUGACUACUAAAUGUUGUCUCCAGCCUUUCGUUUGUCUGUUACAGUGACUACUAAAUGUUGUCUCCAGCCUUUCGUUUGGCUGUACAGUGACUACUAAAUGUUGUCUCCAGGCUUAGUAGUGACUACAAAUCCUCAAAUAGUUUAUGGAUAAUAUUUGUCAAAUACAAAUGAAAGUGGUACUAUUCC